AUGGCUUUCAGCUUCGCGAACCAAGGAAAUGCCACGGCCGGAGGAGGAGGAGGAGGACUGAAUCAAGGCCCCGAGCUGGAGGUGAUCCAGACCGAGGCGCUUGGUUUCAAGUCGAUUGCAGGCGACGCGAAGCUCCGACUCACAUCCGCCUGGUCCCCGCCGCCCGCCGAUACCGCCUCGCUCAUCAGCAUCGCCUCCCGCCGAGGCCUCGUCGCCGCCGCCGGACCCGACGGUAUCACCAUCACCUCGACCGACUCCGUGCGCAAGGGCUUCGAGGGCGAAAAGGAAGGCGAUUCCGAUGUCCGCGCGUUCCAGCCGCAGGGCAAGCUGCCCAUGCCUAUGAGGGUGUCGCAGCUCGCCUUCAGCGCCGACGAGAACUACCUGAUCCUCUCAGCCGAGAGCGGAGGCGGUCUCGCGGUAUACGAAGUCGAAAGCCUGCUCCAGGGUGCCACGAAAGCUGCGUUCGAGCUUGCGACGAACGGCGAAACUUUGAGGGCGCUCUUCCCGAACCCCACGAUCGAGAAGGCGGAACUGUGCGCCAUUGUGACGAAUAACGGCAACUUGCACAUGGCGAACCUGAAGGAGAGGUCAGUCAGCAAUGCUCUGAAAGCACAGGUUAGCUGCAUAAGCUGGAGCACGAAAGGAAAGCAGCUGGUGGCGGGCUUGGCGGACGGAACCAUUUUCCAAAUGACCCCUGAGGGUGAGGCCAAGGGCGAGAUCCCACGGCCACCAAACGUGUCGGCUGCUCACGUAUCGUCUCUGACUUGGCUGGAAAAUCACCUCUUCCUCGCCAUCCACACAUCAACUUCGGAGUCCCCGCCAAGUUCAGUAUACCAUCUCAUUACAAGAAAGCUGCCAUCAGAUUUCACUUUCCAAAAGUUGAACGACCCUGUCGACCCGUUUGGCGCCGAAAAGCCGCCUCACCACUCAAUAUUGAGGCUCAAGGAAUUCCCUCCUAACCUUUCAGAUCUCCUCAUCGUGGCAUCAACCGUCUCCCCAGACAUCGGCCUCCUCAGCAGGGCAAAGUCACCCCUGACAUCUGAUCAUCCAGUCGACACUGCCGGCGUCUUUACCACAACAGAACUGGCCGAUGACUCGAAACGUGCCUCUCUGCCCAUGAAUGACAGCUAUGAGAACACCAUCCCCAUCGGUGUUGCCCUUGAUCUCUCAGCCAAGGACAAGGUAUACAAGCCAUUGCCCGCCGAUGAAGAGAUUGAGGAUUCUCCCGGCCCAGUGCCGGGUUUGUGGGUGCUGAACAAUGAGGGUGUUCUCAGUUCAUGCUCGACACCAGCAGCAGCACCGGCACCGGCCCCGGCUCCGAACACAUCAGCAUUUGGCGCUCCUUCGAGCACCCCAGCCUUCGGUUCAUCAUCUGCCUUGGGCUCAGGCCAAAAGGCCUCACCGUUUGGUUCCAGUGGAUCCAAGAUCCCUACAUUUGGUGGCUCGUCAGCCCUAGGAUCUAAGGCUUCACCAUGGGGCGCUGCGACGACGUCUUCCGCCGCUCCCGCAGCCUCUGGUUCUACGUUUGGCAGCGGUAGCCCCUUUGGUGGCAGCUCAGCUACAUCAGGCUCUCCUUUUGCUCAGGCCUCCGCAACAAAAUCAGCGUUCGGCACUGGCGGCUCUUUCGGAAGCCCUUCCGCCACAACUCCAGCUACAAACAAAUCAGCGUUUGGCAGUGGUAGUACCUUUGGUCCGGCGUUUGGCCAGCCUUCAUCAGUCGGUUUUGGUCAGUCGUCAUCGCUUGGACAGAAGUCCUCUCCAUGGGCGUCGGGCGGAGCGUCUGGUGCGAACACGUCUGCGUCACCGGCGUUCGGCCAGCCUAGUAGCUUCGGAACAUCCGAGAAUAAGAGUGUGUUUGGCGGUGGAUCAGCAGCCAAACCUGCACCUGCGUCUGGGGGAUUCUCUAGCUUUGCUAGCUCUGGUGGCUUUGGUUCCCUUGCGAAUAAGGGCAACGAGGGUGGUAGUGUUUUCUCCAGCAAGCCUUCGUCAAGUCCAUUCGGCUCUGGGGGUCAAUUGGGCACGGCUUCUAAGGAUACCGCGUUCCCUCCUCCGAGCUCGACUGGACCGGCGACUAGCAAUCCCUUCAGCCAGCCUUUCAAGUUGGGAACCACCUUCGAGGCAGAUCCCUCUGCCAAGGACGAUGAUGAGAAGCCUUCUACCCCUGGCGGAUCCUCUCUGUUUGGCAGCAACUUCGGCUCUGCACUCGGAAGCGCCGUGACGAAGACUCCUCCUAAAGAGAUGACCACAGAAUCGAACGAAGAGACACCAAAGCCGAAAUCGGUCUUCAGCCUUGGCCAAUCCACAACGCCGAAAGAGACUCCAGCGCCUUCCAAAUUUGGUUUCCCACCGACUUCAACAUCAGCCCCCAAGAGCGGCUUGUUUGGAUUCCCUUCUCAGCCAGCGACUGGAGGUUUAUUUGGUUCUGCGAAGCCGGCAGAGAAGACACCAGAGGUCAAGACCGAGUCCAGCACUCCUCUUCCCCCUGAUACGACAAGCAAAAACUCAUAUCCUCUUGGUGAUUCCUCGUCUUCUUCGGGCACCGGAAAUGUUCCUUCAGACGGUGGAAGUAAGGCUUCACCUCAAGUGGACAAUGCGCCUCUGCCUCCCGAUUUCCUUACUACGCCAAAGGCAACGUCAACGAAGGCAGCCAGCGCUGCUCCGCUACCGCCUGAUUUCCUCAAGCCUUCAAAGCCACAGGGAAGCACUACUCCGGCCGACGAAGCUCCUCUCCCACCCGACUUCCUCACGCCCAAGCCUGGCAAGACCGCAGUGUCUGCCACGCCUUCGGCGGCGCUUCCUUUGCCAGCAGACGACCAGUCCUCGCCCGAGGAGCUUGAACGGCCGAAAUCUACUGCACCUGCUGCGGCUCCGGACUUCCUCAAGAUGCCCAAGCAAUCUUUGUCGUCGGCAACGUGGUCGUCUACCCCUCAGAACACGACACCUGCACCCAAGGAGCCUGUCUUCCCCUCCAUUCCGACUGUGCCUGAUAGUGAGCAUGACACCGAUCUUGAGGAUGAGGACGACGAUGAUGAGUCUGAGGGCAGCGGCGUCAUUGUCUCCAAGGACCAAAGCCCAUCCAUGACGGCGAUGACCCCUACGGCAGGCAUGACCCCGCAAAGCUCUUUCGGUGGUGUUAGCAGCAGCACCUACUCCGUUCCACGGACGGAGGAAGAGAGACCGAGGGCAUCGCUGUUUGGUGAUCUGAGCCGCAAUGCUCCCAUGUUCCCCCGACCGUCCCAAACCAGCCCUCGCUCUCCCAGCCCAGUCCGUGGCGCUGUGCCAGGCCGCAUCAUGCGCCAGGAGUCUGCUCGUUCGGUUAGUGCCCCGGGUAUGGCAUCUCAGAUCCUUGCAGCCCAGAAAAAGCAGCCUUCGCAGAUGGGGUCAUCCAUUGUCGGGAACAAAUCCAACGAUGAUCACUUCAUUGCUCAGCAAAGACUUGCGCGCCAAAGGCGGCAGGCUGAGGAGACCAGGGCACUGGAGGACGAGGAGGAUGAUGAGAUUCAGAAGAUUCUUGCUUCCAAGAUCGAACCCACACUAAAGCUGGAUGACUUCAUCGCUCACUCAAACGUUGUGCCGUCGGCUAAGGAGACCAUCCCGGCCCAGGUGGAGGCAGUGUAUCGCGACAUCAACUCGAUGAUCGACACACUUGGUCUGAAUGCUCGCUCUCUUGCUAGCUUUCUCAUGGGGCACGACAUCGGAUUCAAGGCCGGAGGCCGACGCAAGCAAGACCUCGAGAACCCAGACAGCUGGGUUCUCUGCGAGAUUGAUGAGCUCGGAGAAGUCGUUGACAGAUCCUUGGCUCAGGAUCUCGAGGAUGGUCGUGUUCACGACGUUGAAGAGAAGCUUGAGGCAUGCAACGAGCUCGCCCGCGAAAUGUCUCGCCUCCGAUCAAAGCAAGAUGAUCUUAAGAAGAUCAUUAUGGUGAAGACGGACCCCGACCAAGCCGACAUCAGCCGCUCUCUGCCUCUGAGUACCGAGCAGGCAAGUCAGCAGAACGAGCUGCGUCGCGAAUACACAAACUUCACCAAGCUUCUUGCCGAAGCCGAGGAGGCCUUGACGAUCCUGAAGACCAGAAUCGCCGCCGCGAACAGCGCAUCUGGAAAGGGCAACUCCAACAUGCCUACCGUCGAGGCCGUCAUGCGGACCAUUGGCAAGAUGACCAGCAUGGUGGAGAAGCGAUCCGGCGACAUCGACGUCCUCGAGAACCAGAUGCGCAAGCUCCGCUUCUCGUCGGUCAACAGCCGCGAGGGCUCCCCGAUGGUCACGCCCCAGAGAAACAGCCGAUCCGUCCUCUUCUCGCCCGAGCGAUCGGCCGUGAUGGCGUCGCCCGGCACCCUGCGCAACUCGAUGGUGUCCUCCGUGGCCUCGUACGGCGGCCGCGGCGGCACGGGCACGCCUCCGCGCAAGAAGCUGAGCGGGUUUAGCGGGGAGGAGAAGUCGGAGUUGAUGGCGAAGCGGGCCAAGCGACAGGCUGUGCUGAACAAGCUCAAGGCUAAUGUCGAGAGGGCGGGCGUGAGCGCGUGGGCGAUGGAGGAUAUUGAAUGA